AUGGAAGACUUGUUCCGAGCCUACGCUCCGUAUCUUUAUCUCCACCCCGACGAAGAAUACCUCCCCUCUUCGGUUGAUUGGUUUUUCAGCAACGGCACCUUGCUGUAUAUGAAAGGGGAGGAGUCAAGGCCAGUCCGGAUCGAGCCAGGUGGCGCAAACCUCCCUAAGGGAGGUGAUCCGGCUGGCUUGUACUGGCUGGACCUCCCCGCUGACCAGGGAGGCCGGGAUGGGGUUAGCUACGGGCAUAUAGCGAGUGCAGAGGUGUACGUCCACUUUAAACCGGGCGUUGAGAACAUGAUGUUCACAGAUAUUCAGGUGUGGAUGUAUUAUCCUUUCAACGGCCACACAACUGCAAAAAUAGGGUUUAUUAAAAGAUACAGCGGGGGGAAAUGGGUUGAUGCUUCUCUACUGCAUUUUGAAAGCGGAAAUAGGUUUGCAUGGUAUUCGUCGAGGAACGGGCACGCUGGGAACGAUGAGACGGGGCUGUAUCUGCAGGGGCUCUGGAACGGGUUCGGGAUAAGGAAUGAUUGGGCGAGGAGCAACAAGGUGGUGGCGUCUGAGGGAGAGGCAGAGGCCGUGGCGGAGCCGCCGUGGUUGAGUUAUGGUAGCAAGUGGGGGCCCACCAAGCACUAUGAUACGGUUGCGGAAGUGAGGAAGUUUCUGCUAGGAAAAUUGAAGAAACUAUUGGAUAAAUUGAUGAAGGUGAUUGAUGAAGUUUAUGGGACAAAUGGGCCCACAUGA